AUGUCACAAGCACAAAUCCAACCGUGUCGCUACAAGACGGGCAAGACACUCGGCGCUGGAUCAUACUCGGUCGUCAAGGAGUGCGUGCACAUCGACACUGGCCGCUACUAUGCCGCCAAGGUCAUCAACAAGCGCCUGAUGGCCGGUCGCGAACACAUGGUGCGCAACGAGAUUGCCGUUCUCAAGCGCGUGUCCAUGGGCCACCAGAACAUCCUCACCCUGGUCGACUACUUUGAGACGAUGAACAAUCUGUACCUCGUGACCGACCUGGCGUUGGGUGGUGAGCUGUUCGACCGCAUCUGUCGCAAGGGCUCAUACUACGAGAGCGAUGCCGCAGAUCUCAUCCGUGCCACUCUGUCAGCCGUCGCAUACCUCCACGACCACGGCAUUGUCCAUCGCGAUCUCAAACCCGAGAACCUGCUCUUCCGUACCCCCGAAGACAAUGCCGAUCUCAUGAUUGCUGACUUUGGUCUAUCGCGCAUCAUGGACGAGGAGCAAUUCCACGUUCUGACCACGACCUGCGGGACCCCUGGCUACAUGGCCCCCGAGAUCUUCAACAAGAGCGGCCACGGCAAGCCUGUCGACGUUUGGGCCAUCGGUGUCAUUACCUACUUCCUUCUCUGCGGCUACACGCCCUUCGACCGCGACAGCAACCUCGAAGAGAUGCAAGCGAUCCUCGUUGCCGACUACUCGUUUACACCCCUCGAAUACUGGCGCGGCGUCUCGCUGUCUGCCAGGGCCUUCAUCAAGCGCUGCUUGACCAUAGAUCCUACAAAACGCAUGACAUCGCACGAAGCUCUCAGCCACGACUGGAUCGCUGGCCCCGCCCACGACAGAGGCACCGAGGAUUUGCUGCCCACGGUCAAGAAGAACUUCAACGCCAGAAGAACCCUACACAAAGCCAUCGACACUGUUCGCGCUAUCAACCAACUCAGAGCAGGUGGCGGUAUGGGCAUCAUGGACGGCGCCCAGUCACACCGCCCCGAGCGUGUCGACACGGCCGCGCCCAGAGACAAGGACGGCGAUGUGAAUAUGGACUCGAAAGCAAAGAGCCAACCUGCGACUGCUGCUUAG